GUUUACACCGUCCAAUUUUCUCCAAAGCUGUUUUUUCCGGCUCCCGUGCAACACCUCUUUCCUCGCUUUGUUCACCAGCCCAUGAAAGAAAUAUAAGUAUGACCUGAGGGGCGUAUCCGACCUGGCAGCAGCAUGUUUUACCGGCUCGGCCCGGCUGCACCAAUUCCUGUCCCCGCGCCAUGCCCACCGGCAGAGCCGGAGGCCGUGCAGAGCCGGCUGGUGGUGUUGGAGGCAUCAGCGCUGUGCGGCUCGCUAGCAGACCUGUGGCAUCAGCGGCUACUGUGCGAUGUGCUGCUGCGGACCGGGCCGCGGGCAGCAGCAGCAGCAGCAACAGCAGCAGCAGGGGCCGGAGAGGAGGGGCAAGGGAAGGAGGUGGACAUGGGGGAGGGAAAAGCGGAUGAGGAGGAUGGCGAGGACGAGUGUGACUUGCCGGCGCACCGGGUGGUGCUGGCGGCCAGUUGCGAGUACUUCAGGGUGCUCUUCACGGGCGCGGGCGCGCACAUGAGCGACCUACACAGCGCCGCCUCGGCCUCGGGCGCCGCCGCCGCAGCCGCCGGCACGCCCGCCAGCGGCGGCGGCGGCGGCGCUUGCGCCCCGGGUGACGGCGGCGGGCUGCCAGUAGUGUGUCUGCCGGGUCUCGGCGGGCGCGCGCUGCGGCUGGCCGUGGCUGCGCUGUACGAGCGGGGCGUGGAGCUGGGGCCAGACAACCUGGAGCCGCUGGCGGCGGCGGCGUCCUUCCUGGGGGCGGGGGCGCUGCUGGACGCCUGUGCGGCGUUCAUGCGCUCUAGCCUGGGUCUGCACACCUGCCUGCCGCUGCUGCUGCUGGCGUGGCGCUACAAUCUGGCGCCGCUGAGGGAGGAGCUGAUGUCGUACGUGUGCCGCCGCUUUGCGGUGCUGGUGCGGCUCGGCAGCAGCAUCAGCAGUAGCAACACUGGCAGUAGCAACGCCGCCACCGGCGCCGCCACACACCCCGCCGUCGGCGCCCGGCAGCCGCCCAGUACGGCGGUUUGGAUCCCCUCUAGGGGUCCGCUGGCCGCCGCUGCUACAGCCGCCACCGCCGCCACUGCUACAGCCGCCGCCGCCGCCACAAGCCAGGCCGGCGCGUCGUCGGCCGCGCCGGAUGUGCACAUGUCGCCAUCGGGCGAGAUCGCCGGUGCUGUUCCGCCCAGCAGUAGCAGGAACCAAGGGAGUGGCAGUAGCAGUGGCAGUGGCAGUGGCGGCGGCAGUGGCGGCAGUAGCGGCAGUAGCGGCGUGCGGCUGAGCUGUCUGCCUGAGGAGCUGCUGCUGGAGCUGCUGGGGAGCGAGGAGCUGGUGGUGGAGUGUGAGAGCGACGUGCUCCAGGCAUGCCUGGACUGGCUGGCGGAGGACCCCGAGGGCCGUGCCGCCGCCGCCCCCGCCCUGGCGGCCCAGCUCCACCUGGCCUCCCUGCCCCCCGCCCCGCCCACCUGCCUCGCCCUCAGCCUAACCACGGCCGGCAGUAGCAGCAGCACUGGUGCCGGUGCCGGCGGCAGUAGCGCUACUGCCGCCGACGGCGCCUGCAGGACGGCGCCGCCACCGCAGGUCCAGGCGCUGUCGCUGCUGGUGACAGCCCUGGAGGCGCAGCAGCAGCAGCAGCAGCAGCAGCAGCAGCAGCAGCAGCAGCAGCAGCAGCAGCAGCAGCAGCAGCAGCACCAUCGCCACGAACAACAACAACAACAACAACAACAUUACACACAGCAAGGGGCAGCGGGCGGGUCGGGGCUGGUACAACAGCCGCCGCCGCCGCCGCCGCCGCCUGCGGCGCUGCAGCACCUGCGGCGACUGCUCAACGACGUACAGGGCGGGUCCGGCGCCGCCGGAGCCUAUCACCACCACCAUACCACACUAGCGCUCUCAGCCCCAGCCACAACCACAGCCCCAGCCACAGCCGCCGUCACAGAUGGGUGGCGAGCCGCCGCGCAGGCGGCGGCGGCGGCGCCGCCGGCGGCUGAUUGGCGGCCGAUGGGGCUUGGCGGCGCGGAGGUGGAGGGGGAUGCUGAGGCCGGCGGCGGCAGUGGGCGGUGGUGGUGGUCGGGUGGCAGCGGGGCCGGCGGCGGGGCGGCAGCGGGGCCGGUGUCGGGUAGGGGCGGGCGGCCGCGGCGGCAGCCUGCUUCGUGUCUGGUAGCGGUGGGGGGUCACGACAGCGGCUGGCGGGCGGUGAAGCACGUGGAGGUGUACGACCCGCGCACGGAUGCCUGGACGACCGGGCCCUCGCUCACGCAGGGCCUGUCCUUCGCGGCCGCAGCCCUGAUGCCCGGCGGUGCUACAACCGCCACCGCCGCCAGUGCUACAGCCGGUGCUACAGCCGCCGCCGCCGGCGGCGGUGUUAGCAACAGUGGCGGCGGCGGCAGUAGCGGCCCCGGGUCGCUGCUGUACCUGGUGGGUGGCACGCCGCUGUGCAGUAGCGUGUGGCGGCUGCGCUGGUCGGCGGGCGGGCCGGCGGCGGCGGCGGGCCGCGGCGGCGGCGGCGGCGGCGGUUGGGAGGCGGGGCCGGCGCUGGGCAUGCCGCGAGCACACGCGGGCGUGGUGUCGGUGGCAGGCUCCCUGGUGGUUGUGGGCGGGCGGUCGCAGGUGCAGCAGGUGCAGCACGUGCUGUCCAGCGUGGAGCUGCUACAGCCAGAGGCGGCGGCUGUAGCAGCAGCAGCCGGGUCCAUGGCUGUAGCAGACCUGGCUGCCAGCAGCGGCGGCGGUGCCGCCGGCGGCAGUAGCAGCGGCAGCAGCAGCAGCACGGAGUGGGUCCGGGGGCCGGAUAUGGUGAUGGCGAGGAGCGCGCACGCGUGUGCGGUGCUCGGCGGCCGCGUGUAUGCGCUGGGCGGCGCGGGGGCCGGAGGCGGCGGCGGCGGUGGCGGAGCCAGGGCUGGCGGCGGCGGCGGCGGCGGCGGCGGCACGCACCGGAGCUGUGAGGUGUUGGAUCUGGCGGCGGGGCGGUGGCAGCUGCUGGGGUGCGACAUGAGCUGCGAGCGCAAGUACACGGCGGCGGCCGCCUAUGGCGGGCGGCUGUAUGUGAGCGGCGGCGUGGGCGAGGGCCGGCGGCGGCUGGCGUCGCUGGAGGCGCUGGACCCGCGUGAGGGCCGCUGGGUGCCGCUGCCGCCCAUGAGUGCUCCCAGGUCGUCACACGCCAUGGCGGCCCUGGGCGGGGGGCUCUACGUCGCCGGCGGCCAGGCCAGCAGCGCCGACGUAGCAGCAGCAGCAGCAGCCGCGGCCGCCGCCACCCGCGGCGGCGCCGCCGGAAGCUGGGGCAGCACCUGGGGCGGCGGCGGGGGCAGCGGCGGCGGCGCACUGUACGGCACAUCGCCGCCGCUGACGUCGUACGGGUCGUACGGAGGGGCUGGCGGCGCCGGUGCCAUCGUGGGAGUGUACGGCAGUGCGCCGCCAGGGCCGGGUUUUGGAGUGGGGGGUUUCGGGGGUUUCGGGGCGGGUGCCGUGGGGACAGGGCUGGCGCCCGGAGCGGCUCCAGCCCUGGGUCUGGGGCUGGGGCAGGGGGCGGGCGGGGGCUUCGUGGGGUCACUGGGCGGCGGGGAGGAGGGCGCUGUGCACCAGUCCGUGGAGUGUUUUGACACGGUGGCGGGGCGGUGGCGGGCAGUGGCGCCGCUGAUGUGUGGGCGAUCGGGCCUGGCGCUGUGUGCGGUUUGAGAUUGAGAGGCAGGAUCCGUGUCGGUGUCGCCAUGCGCAGCCCGCGUGUUCGUUGCAGUUUAAAAUUGA